CGGACUUCCGCUUCCGGCCCCCUCAGGCACUUUGCGAGUGAGGUUUAGUUUGGCCCGCUGUCGACCAGCCCCCACCCGCCUACGGGGAGGCCGCGAGAGCUCGGCCCUUAACGCGUCAGACCCCUCCCACUUUCAGCCCCUCCCCGCGCAGCGCAGUGCUGAGGCUACGGCUGCGGGACAAAGAGUGACGUCCAGAGGCUGGAGUCAUGGCUGCGUCUGAGCCGAGCUUUGUGGUUGCUGGGAACCUCGCGCUGUCGCCAGAGAAGGAAGAAGGAGCUGGCCUGAGCUCAGGCCCAGAGCGUAACUCUGCGGUCUCCUCGUCGACCCCUGAGGCCCCACCGCCUGCCCCUGAACCCUCCACCCCCAACGCCGCGGUCCCCGAAGCGAUUCCUACGCCUCCUGCGGCUGCCUCCGUGGCCUUGGAGCUGCCGCCCACAGGCCUGGGCUCCCCGCCGCUCGCCGAAGCUGCUCCGCGCUCCCCUCCACACCCUGGCGGCUCCCGACCCGGCCCGGAGACGUUCCGCCAGCGUUUCCGGCAGUUCCGUUACCAGGACGCCGCAGGCCCGCGGGAGGCGUUCCGGCAGCUGCGGGAGCUCUCUCGCCAGUGGCUUCGACCCGACAUCCGUACGAAGGAGCAGAUCGUGGAGAUGCUGGUGCAGGAGCAGCUGCUCGCCAUCCUGCCUGAGGCGGCGCGGGCCCGGCGGCUUCGCCGCCGCACCGAUGUGCGCAUCACCGGCUGAGCGGUGGAGCUGCGGGCGGCCAGAUGUGGGCGUUCUCUGGACUGGGGCCACGAUCGGGUCUGGCGGCCUGAGCCUGGCUCUCCAUUCCGUGAUGAAAAACUAGUUUUGGGCAGCUCCAGUCGUCUGAUGUUCGUCUGAUGUCCCUUUCGUUCGUCCUUUAGUAGGUUUAUUUUCCCGAGCUUAUCUCCUUCCAACCUCCUUUUUGGCUGAUGGCGAAACCAGGUUGGGAGCCCAAGAGAAUAAAGCCUUUGUUCCCUGUU